CGCUCUCUCUCUCUCUCUGCGGGCGUCACUCUUCAUUAAUGGCUCUAGCCGGAAAAGUACCUUAGCGUCGGAGAAAAAGGUAGAAUUUUUUGUCUCCGGUUCAUUUCCGCAUCGGAAUGUCGCUGCAUAUAGGGGUAUCGAUGGAGAUGAGAUACCCAUUUCAAUCGAUUCGUGCUCCAAUCCGAUGCGCUUGUUCGAUUUAUUGGAAUCUGAAAGAACCUUUCAGUUUGAGAAUAUCCAAUUCACUUGCUUCUUUGAAUUCAAUUAGAGGAUUGGAGUUGAAAUCUGUAGGGUCAUCAUUGUGCAAUGUGUUUGAGAUUCAUAGCAAAGAAGUCAAUCCAAGUUUUUUUGAGGUGAAGGCUAUGGAUAAAGAUACUGAAGCUGAUAGUGAUAUGAAGGUUAUUAAAGAAGAGGAAAGGAGAAGGAAGAUUGGAUUAGCAAAUAAAGGAAAGGUUCCAUGGAACAAAGGAAGGAAACACACUGAAGAUACUCGAAGACGAAUCAAGCAGAGAACAAUCGAAGCUUUGAGAAAUCCCAAGGUUCGGAAGAAGAUGUCUGACCAUCAACAACCACACAGUGAUGAAACCAAGGAGAAGAUAAGAGCUUCAGUGAAACAAGUUUGGGCAGAACGGUCAAGAUCUAAGCGAUUAAAGGAGAAGUUUGCGUCAUUAUGGUCAGAAAACAUUGCAGAAGCUGCAAGGAAAGGAGGAAGUGGUGAAGUAGAACUCGUGUGGGACAGUUACGAAAGAAUAAAACAAGAGUUUUUAUCUGAGCAGCUUCAGUUAGCUGAAGAGAAAGCAAGAGCAAAGGAACAAACCAAGAUGAUAGCAAAACAAGCUGCACAAGCCAGGACUGAGAAGAUGAGGAGAGCUGCAGAAAGUAAGAAAGAACGUGAAGAGAAAGACCGACGAGAAGGAAAGAUUCGAAAGCCAAGGCAGAAAAGGGAGAGUCCAACCGUUGCUUCACGUUCUAAACUGAAGAAGAGACUAACAAAGAUUCGGAAGAAGAAAGCAAGUCUUGGUAAAAUCGCUGUUGGAACGGAUAGGGUAGUUUCUGUUGCAGCUAAACUGGAGAAACUGGACUUGGAACUGAUAAGGAAAGAGAGAACAAGAGGAGAUAUCUCACUUGCUGAUCAGAUCCAAGCUGCCAAGAACCAACGAGGAAAUGAUGUUUUAUCGAGAUUUGGUCUUUUUUUUGCCAUUAGUUCAAUGGAAUUUGAUUGACUCUUUUCAACUCCUAGUUUAUAGAGCUAUCUCUUU